AGAUGCUGUACGACUCGCUGAGUGUUUCCACCAGUUUCUCUUACUUCAGAUUUCCGGCAUCUGCAGUUUUAAAAAAAUUUUCGUUGUACUAGACAACAGGAUGUCAAUAAUCAACCUAGAUGUUAAUCACCGAGUCAGCACGCAGAGUUCGAAUGCUGCCCAGCUAUGUAUGAAGGUUGUCGGAACCAUGCCCAGACUGAGUGCAGCUGAGCGACAGCGUGCCGGGAAGAGGAGCGCCCGUGGGUCUGCAGACUGACGACACGCAGAUUCGCCCUGGCAUGGAACAGUCAGCAAGUGAGAAUAAUGAGUUGCCCAUUGUGAUGAGAGAGGAAAACAGGGGCAGGAGACGGAAAAUGAGAGCCAACACCGCCAGGAACAUGCAGUUCUAUUCACUGGAGCAGCUGCCUCUCGAUUUUGUUCUCCCCACGCGGAACAAGUUCAGCAAUACCCACGAGAAGGUCUCCAUGGAGGUGCUGGGGAACUACACGGUAGAACAACUGAAAGCAAGGAUUUGGGUGAAGGCUGGUGGGAUCAGCGCUAACCCGGACUACUACCAGAAGUUCAGCCCCGACCACUUCAGGAUGCUGUACCAGAAGGAGGGACAGUGGUAUGAGAUAUACGACAAACACCAGGUGAUCCAAACACUGGAUUGCAUCAACUACUGGAAGACACUACAGAGGAACAACGGCAAGAUCCACUUGGUGGAGAAGGCAAAGGCUUCGGAGGAAUCCUUGCAGCUGCAGAGGAACUUGAACUACCUGAUCGGCUACGAUGUUACGGAUGUCAGCAACGUCCACGAUGACGAGUUGGAGUUUACUCGCCGAAAGCUGAUCACCCCCCAGCUGAGUGAGGUGUCCAGCAGGGAUGCAAUGCUGUACUCGAUGGAUCCUUGUAUCACCUCCAAGCCUUUGCCUGAAUAUCUGCUGAGUAAGAUCAGCAGCAAUCACAUCUUCAUUAUCAUCCACAGGGGAACGAUGAGCCUAACCAUCAAAGUGUCCAUUGACGAGACCCCGCGGACCAUCCUGAAGAACUUCUUCAAGAAGAUGGCCAACAAGAUGGGCCUGCUGGGCAUCUCGGAAUUUCACAGCGAGGAAGACUUUGUCCUCAGGGUCUGUGGCAGGGAGGAUUACAUCGUUGGUGAGAACCCAAUCAAGGACUUCUGCUGGGUCAGAAAUUGUCUGAAGAACAGCGAGGAAAUCCACUUUGUCCUGGUUCAGCCCCCAGAUCCCAAGUUGGAUGUGGCUCAGAAGGAAGAGUGGCCCCUUGUGGAUGACUGCACGGGGGUGACUGGGUCACAUGAACAGCUAACCCUGGAAGGAAAGGAUCAUGACAAAGUAUUCACCAUAUCCCUCUGGGACUGUGACAGGAAGUUCAGAGUCAAGAUUAUUGGGAUUGACAUCCCCGUGCUCCCAAGGAACACAGAACUGACGGUCUUUGUCGAGGCUAGCAUACUGCACGGGCAGCAGUUACUUGCCCAACAAAAGACGUCGACAAAAGCCUUCACCGAAGAGGUUCUGUGGAACGUGUGGCUGGAGUUCGACAUCAAGGUCAGAGAUCUGCCCAAGGGAGCACGGCUGAACCUCCAGGUUUACUGCGGUAAAGCACCAGUGCAAAGUACAAAGGGUGCAUUCCAAGUGCAAGAUGAUAACACGGUGGACAGCAAGAGCAAGAAUCACAUGUUGUACUACGUCAACCUGUUGGUGAUCGACCAUCGGUCGCUCCUCAGGCAAGGAGAGUAUGUGCUUCACAUGUGGAAGAUCCCCGAUAAAGGCGAAGAGCAAGGAACGAUCGAAGCUGACAAGCUCACGUCUGCAACCAAUCCUGACAAGCAGACCUCCAUGGCUAUCUGCAUCCUGUUGGACAGGUACAAUUACCCCAUUGCACUGCCCCGAGGCCGUCACACCCCUGACUGUAAGCCGGAGAGGUCAGGCCAGGAAAUGCACAGUCAGCUACGCAAACAGUUUGAGGAAAUCAUCAGCACUGACCCCCUGAGCCCACUGAGCUCCGAGGACAAGGAGUUACUCUGGCACUUCAGGCAUGAAUGCAUGAGGCAGCCUAAAGCCUACCCCAAGUUUCUUAGCUCUGUGAAAUGGGGGCAGCAGGAGGUGGUGCUGAAAACCCACCAACUCCUGGACAACCAGGACGUGUGGGACAACAGCCCAUUGGACGUGGGACUCGCGAUGCAGCUCCUGGACUGCCGAUUUUCCGAUGAGCAAGUUCGUACGCUGGCUAUUCGGAAGCUGGAGACCCUUGACAAUAGUGGGGUGCUCUGUUAUCUCCUACAGUUGGUCCAGGCAGUCAAGUUCGAGCCAUACCAUGACAGUGCCCUCGCACGAUUUCUCCUCAAAAGAGCAUUAAGAAGUAAACGAAUUGGUCAUUUUCUGUUCUGGUUUUUGAGAAGCGAAGUGGCUGAGUCGAUGCACUAUCGCCAGCGCUACGCAGUCAUUCUGGAGGCCUACCUCCGAGGCUGCGGGGCAGCCAUGCUGAUGGACUUCAUGAAGCAGGUCAAGGUCAUGGAAACUCUGCACAAGGUGACGCUGGAGAUAAAGAACAUCACUGCCGAGAAGUACGACGUUUCAGCUCAAGCAAUCCUGCAGUUAAGACAAAAGCUUGAGAAACUCCAAUUCACUGAUUUCCCAGAAGAUUUCCGAGUUCCAUACGAUCCUGGCCUCCGUGCUGGUGGACUUGUGGUGGACAAAUGCAAAGUAAUGCCUUCAAAGAAAAAGCCUCUAUGGCUGGAGUUUAAGUGUGCUGACCUGACCUCUAUAUCCAAGGAUACCAUCAGCAUCCUCUUUAAACAUGGAGAUGACCUGCGGCAGGACAUGCUGAUCAUACAGAUCCUUCUAAUCAUGGACUCCAUCUGGGAGACAGAAUCCUUGGAUCUUUGCCUUUUGCCCUAUGGAUGCAUUGCCACAGGGAAUAAGAUCGGAAUGAUUCAGAUUGUAAAAGAUGCCACGACCAUCGCCAAAAUCCAGCAGAGCACAGUCGGCAACACAGGGGCAUUCAAGGAUGAAGUGUUGAAUCACUGGUUGAAGGACAAGUGCCCGAUUGAGGACAAGUUCCAAUCAGCCGUGGAAAAGUUUGUUUAUUCAUGCGCUGGGUACUGUGUUGCCACCUAUAUCCUGGGUAUAGGAGACAGGCACAAUGACAACAUCAUGAUUACAGAGUCAGGAAAUCUUUUCCACAUCGAUUUUGGUCACAUUCUUGGAAACUAUAAAAGCUUCCUGGGGAUCAAUAAGGAGAGAGUCCCCUUUGUUCUGACCCCUGACUUCCUCUAUGUGAUGGGCACAUCUGGCAAGAAGACAAGCCGACACUUCCAAAAGUUUCAGGAUAUCUGCGUGAAGGCUUACCUUGCACUUCGCCACCACACCAAUCUGCUGAUUAUACUCUUCUCCAUGAUGGUGAUGACAGGGAUGCCACAAUUGACCAGCAAAGAAGAUAUUGAAUAUAUUCAAGAGACGCUGACUGUGGGCAAGAAUGACGAAGAGGCCAUGAAGCACUUCUUGGACCAGAUUGAGAUCUGCCGGGACAAGGGCUGGACUGUCCAGUUCAAUUGGUUUCUCCACCUUGUACUGGGGAUCAAACAGGGGGUUGAAAAGCAUUCUGCGUAGUUCCUUAAACUGGAAAGAUGAAGGGAGGACACACACAACAGAAUAUACCCUCAAACUGAGUGGUGUGCUGCUGCCUCAUUGGAGUCCUGCCUAACCUACUGCGGUUUGUAUAGUCAGCUCAGGUUUGGCCACCACGUAACUUGUAAAGCAUUAAUGGAAAAAAAAAUAGCAGCAGCACCAAUCCCACAUUUGAAUGGCGGCCCAGCUGACAGAGCUGCUGCCUCACAGCUCCAGCAACCCCGGUUCAAUCCUGACCUCCGGUGCUGUUUGUGUGGAAUUUGCACAUUUUCCCUGUGACUGUGUGGGUUUCCCCCGGGUGCUCUGGUUUUCUCCCACAUCGCAAAGACGUGUGGGUGAGUAGGUUAGUUGAGAACUGUAAAUUGCCCCUAGUGCGUGGGUGAAUAGUAGAAUCUGGGGGCAGCUGACAGAAUGUAGGGAAAAUGGGAUUAAUGUAGGCCUAGUGUAAAUGGGUGCUUGAUGGUCAGUACGGAUUCGUUGGGCUGAAGGUCCCAUUUCCAUGUUGUAUCUCUGUACGACUCUAUAGCUAAAAUAUGCCUGGUCUUUCAAGCUCUGCUCUCUGUUACAGUCCUUGCCCUCCACUUCAGGGAACUACUCUCACACUGGUGUCCAAGUGAUUCUGGCACAGUCUCGAGUGGAAUUUCACUGAGUGCAGAAGCUAGAUUUGGAAGAUCCAGCUGUUUGAAGUAGACUAAACAUCUGGAAGCCCUCCUUUACCAGCCUCACUUGAGACUGAGACUUUCUCUAAUCUUUUCUCACUACCCAUUUCCUUGAUAUUGGCAACCAGUUAUAAAAUUGUUCAGAGGAAUAUUAACAACAAUAUGAAAAGGAGGAAAUAGAUACUACAGAUAAAUAUAUGAUGGAGAGAUUUAAAAUUCUGAAAAUUAGCAUAUAUAUAUUUGUUUCCAGUAGAGGUAACAACCUAUCGGGAUUGUCUUGGAUUUUGAGGCAUUGGAAAUUAAUGUUUAGGACAGUUUAGGAUGUUUAGAGUCAGUGGCUCAGGAGAAAAAAAAAAUCACAGGGGCAUUAAAAACAAAAUUAAUUUUCCCAGGAAUUCCAGUGAACCCAAACAAGUGGAGAUUGUUGCUUCAGAAACAAGGUAGUCCAAUUUCCUGUUCUACUUGAACAGGAGAACUGCAUCAGGAAUGAUGUUUCCCAACACAAAAAUAGCAUCAGGUGACCCAUAACAGUAAAUUCUAGUUGAAUUUCUGGAAUUGUGUGAACUGAUCCAGAAAUGAUUUCAGUCAGAAAAUAAAUGAUUUUUCUAUUGCAAAAACAUAGAAGUUAUACUAUUGAAUUUCUUAGCAGGUUUCUUUAAACCCUUUUGUUUAUCAGUUACAGAAAUAUGGAACUGAGGAAGCAGAGGCAAUCUGACUGAGAG